CAUAAUGCUCACUUUGGAGCUACCUUAGGUGGAUACUCUCUGCUUUCACUCCAAUCUUUUUUUAAAAAGAGAUUCUUUGUGAGAAGAGAUUUUUUUUAAGAGAGAGACUAAUCUUUUGUCUUAGAAAUAAGGAGAGCCAGUCAAUACCAAGUGGUUAUUCAAGUGAAAAGAAUCAAGAAAUGGGUUUUGUUUCGGAGAAGGAAGAAGAGAAUCAGUCCCUAUCCAUGGGAAGAAAUACCAAAGCUUCUUUAAUGGGUGGUUCUUGGUGGUGGCAAAAUGUGAAGCCAUUUGUGAAUGGUGGAUCAGCAGCAUUACUAACAGAACUACAGUUUCUCUUGGUGGAUUCUGCUAUCUAUUACCUUGGAAGUUAUGAAAAGGAAUCUGCGGCAAAGGCCUUUAAGCAGCUGCCUCACCUUCAAAAUUUCAAGGAUUUUGACCAGAAAGGCCAUUUCUGCCAAUCAUGGUAUACCUCUAGGCAUUCAUCAGGAAGCCUGCAUUUGCCGGAACUGUUGGAGCAUGCGUGGCUGCUCCAAUAGCUACAGCCUUCUAUCAUGCUGGGACUAAGAUAGUACCAGGGGCAAAAAAGCUGACUUAUGGGGAUGUCUUCAGAGCUUAAUCAAGGGCUUUCAGCAUUAUGGAAACAUGGAUUAUUUUGGGAUUUCACAGCAUUUUAGGCAGGCAUGCUCGCUCCAUAUAAUCGAAGUUACCAUUAUUUUAAGGUUUCCCGUGGUUUUGGUGAAUUUCAAACUCAAAUGAGCAAGUUCUCUUCUUUCAGAAAGAAUUUAUUGUUUGUUUGUUUGAUGACUAGGAUUGGCUGUGUGCGUGUAAGAUCAUAUAGCAAAUUUCAUCACACACACAUUUGAUAUCUUUUGUUUCAGGUGCAGGUGCUGUUUCAGCAUUUGCUGCCUCAGCCUGUUGUGUACCGGUCAAGAAUGUUCGAUCAUAUAUGUAAGCUAUGAGACCCAAUGCUGAUGGAAAGUCCCCGUUCACAAGCUCUCUGGUCUGUGCCCUGAAAGCCGUGAAAGCUAGAGGGCUUGUGGGACUCUACAAAAGAUUUCCACUGUUUCUUUGCAGGAGUUUACCUGCUACCAUGGUACUCCCUCUUUCUCUGCACAGAAGCUCAUCCACACAUUCAUGUCCACAUUUCAAUUCCAAGAGUUGUUGGAUGUAUUUGUUCACAUGGGAAGUCAUCUUUUAAUUUCUUCAUUCGAACUUUGCCGAUUGGGUUGGGCAUGGCUGCAGAUCACAUGAAUGAUGUUAGAAGAUAUCCGGGACUUCGAGGAAUUUGCUGUUGGGUAUGCGAUCAAAGUUCCACAUUGGUUAGAAAUGGGGAGGAUGAAGGGUAUAUAAGGAUAGACAAA